UUGCUAGAGUAUUUUGUAUAUUCCAACGAAGAAUAAGAUAACCGCUUUAUAGCUGUUUAUAGCUUUUUAUUCUUUCAUUCUGUAUGUGCAUUUAAUCAUGCGAGGAAUAAAUAAUUGGAUAAAACGUACGUAUCGAUCAAUGAUGCAGAAUUUAUGCGCAAAGUCUUUUAAAUAAGCGAAUUAAAUCAUUCUUCAACGGCCAUAUACACUGGUGUGCAGUAGUAUAUCAAGCUAAAAUAGUAAUGCGCUAUAAGUCAGAUUUUAUGUUUUGUAUAUUGAGGAAAUAUUAAUUUAUAUUGUGCCACAAUAAAUAAAUAAUAUUUUGUAUUAAAAUGUUUCCUAAUAUCCAGAAAAAGGACUAUAAAGUCCUGGAUUUAAUACGUCAAAGAGAAAUACAAGACUCAGUGACACAUAUGAUUUUACAAAAACUACAUGUUACUGAAAAUUUGAUAUCACGUCUGGGUUUAGAAAAAGAAUUAAAUGGUCAUUCAGGAUGUGUCAAUUGUUUAGAAUGGAAUGAGACUGGGCAAGUGCUUGCAUCAGCAUCAGAUGACAAAGACAUUAUAUUGUGGGACCCUUUUCGUUAUGAAAAAAAAUUGGUACUUCAUUCAGGCCAUCGCGGAAAUAUUUUCUCUGUAAAAUUUAUGCCAAAAUCAAAUGACAGUGUACUGGUGUCAGGUGCAGCCGAUUGUAGAAUUCGAGUACAUGAUCUUACACUCUCCGAACCAAUAUUUACGUGUAAAUGCCACAAACAACGUAUUAAGCGUAUCGCUACUGUUCCCAGUAUACCAUUUUUAUUUUGGAGCGCUGGAGAAGAUGGUCUCUUUUUGCAAUAUGACAUUCGUACACCACAUGUUUGCAAGAGUAAUGAUCACAGUGUACUUGUGAAUUUGGUAUAUCAUACAGGCUCUUAUACAGAGGGCAAGUGCAUUGCUGUGAACCCGAGGAAACCUGAACUAAUAGCCAUCGGUGCUAAUGACGCUUACAUCCGAAUGUAUGAUCGACGAAUGAUAAAACUCUCGCAGGUUCCUCCAUCUCCUUCUAUACAUGAUAAUUCAAAUGGGGCAAAUAUUAGCACAUAUCGAGCAGGUAAAGGUGAUCCAGAUGACAAUAUUCCACUGGGUAGUGCACAGUACUUUAUUGCGGGUCAUCUCCGCUCUCGUGAUGGUACCAGGAACAUUACGACCACCUAUUUGACAUUCAACGACGAUGGAAAUGAGUUACUCGUGAAUAUGGGAGGAGAACAAAUUUAUUUAUUUGACAUCAACGAUUCAAACAGUUCAAAAAAAAUUUUCGGUUCAUCCCGGAGAUCUCCAGGAUCAAUUGAGCAAGAUCAAAGACUUGACGAAUAUUAUAUGAAACAGAACGAUGUAGACGAAGCAGGAGAUUUUGUAGAUAAAAAUGUAAAGAUAUUGCCACCACAUGUUGAAAAAAUAAAGCGCCUAGCAAAUGAAGGCUUUGAGCAGCAGAAAUAUUCAUUAGCAAUUAAUUUGUAUAAUAAAGCAAUUUCAAACUGUCCAACUGCAGCAGUAUUGUUUGCUAAUCGAGCAGCUGCUUAUAUGAAACGCGCUUGGGAUGGUGAUAUUUAUGCUGCUUUACGAGAUUGUAAGACAACAUUACUUCUUGAUCCAGAACAUGUAAAAGCUCAUUUUAGAUUGGCACGUUGCCUAUUUGAUUUAAAUCGAUCAAUUGAAGCGGACAAGGUGCUCAAGAGUUUUAAACAAAAAUUUCCAGAAUAUGCAUCUAAUUCAGCAUGUAGAGCGUUAAAGAUGGACAUAAAGGAAGCUAUCGAUGCCGUGAAAGAUAUCACCCAAACUAGGCAGAUAUUACUAUCAGAAUAUGAGCAAGAAUGGAGGCAUAAUACAAUUGACUACAAAAUGAGAUUCUGUGGACAUUGUAAUACUACGACCGACAUAAAAGAGGCCAACUUCUUCGGAAAUAAUGGUCAAUACAUAGUGGCUGGGUCAGAUGAUGGUUCCUUUUUUAUCUGGGAUCGUAAUACUACCAAUAUCGUACGUGUGCUGCGAGGAGACGAAAGAAUCGUUAAUUGUUUACAACCACAUCCAUCCAUGUGCUUGUUAGCUACUAGUGGCAUUGAUCCAGUGAUCAGAUUAUGGAGUCCAUGGCCAGAAGAUGGUAGUGUGAAUGAAAGAGAAAUUCAGAAUCUAGAUGAUGCUGCAUCAGCCAACCAAAUACGCAUGAACAGUGAUCCAUUUGAAUUAAUGCUCAUGAACAUGGGAUACAGAUUUCCCAUCCCUCAGCACGAAUUUAGCGAUGAAGACAGUGAAGAUCAACAUGAUCAGCCGAUAACACAAGCUUUAAAUUGUAGACCAAGUUAAAUUUUGCAAGAAACAGAGAAAAACAUACUAACAGUGGCUAGAUAAUUGAGAAUUUACAUCACAUACGUAUUAUAUCUGUCACAAAAUUAUUUCAAUCUCAAUUAUUUAUUUCUUUCACCAAUGUAUCUCCAAGCACUUUUGUUGUAUAAUAAUUUAUUCAGUCAAAAUAUCUUUGUCAAUCAAAUCAAAGACGAAGUAGAAUCUUAUUUAUUAGGCGUUGUGGAUAUGUUGAUAACAAAUAGCGAAAAACUUAAUAAGAAUUAUA